CCCGGCGCUCGGCAGCCGCCCGCAGCCCCGAGCGCGAGCUGAGGCGCCCGCCCGCGCCGCCCGGCAGCCUGGGCAGGUUCUGCCGGAGCCUUGCAGUUGGCCUCAAUGUGAAAUGAAAGUAGAAGAUUCCAUCUGCAUAUGCGUUGUUGUCAGGGUGCUGAUACAUUGGUCAUGCCUGAAGAGGCAAGUUCUAUUCUAGACAGCUGAGUGCAGCACAGUAAAUGCUCCUCCUCCAUGUGCAGCGCCUUUGCCUCCUGCUGGAGUGAAGACCCCCACCAGACACCACCGGGACCUCAGCUGUGGGAAAUGCUCUGCCUGCCAAGGAUGUCAGCAACCUAACUUCAUGCACCCAUCCGUGCCGACACUGUGGAUGCUUUGCCAUCUGAGAGCUCCUCACGUCUUGUCCAGGGCCCGCAUCUGCUUCUGACAUGUCUCUGCUUCAUGCUUUGGGCCCAGUGCAGACCUGGCUGGGGCAAGAGCUGGAGAAAUGUGGCAUCGAUGCCAUGAUUUAUACGCGCUAUGUCCUCAGCCUUCUGCUGCAUGACAGCUAUGACUACGACCUGCAGGAACAGCCCAGGUGGAAGAGCAGACCAUGACCUGGGCUGAUAAGGAAGACGAAACUGCAAACGAUACCUGUGUUACGAGGGUACCUGUGACUGGUGGGUUGGUCAGGAGAAUGACAUCUUCCUGGGCUGGGAGAAGGGAGCUUAUAAGAAAUGGGGAAAGAGUAAGAAGAAGUGUUCAGAUCUGACUGUAGAGGAAAUGAAAAAGCAGGCUGCUGUCCAGUGUCUCCGAUCUGCUUCUGAUGAAAGCUCUGGCAUCGAGACCUUGGUGGAGGAGCUCUGCUGCAGACUGAAAGACCUGCAGAGUGAGCAAGAAGAGAAAAUUCACAAAAAGUUGGAGGAGUCUCCAUCUCCAGAGGUAGAAUUAUCCCCCACAGAGAAGGAUCAAGUGGAGAUGUACUAUGAAGCAUUUCCACCACUUUCUGAGAAACCAGUUUGCCUGCAAGAAAUCAUGACUGUGUGGAACAAGUCCAAGGCCUGUUCUUACUCCAGCUCCUCUUCAUCAUCCACAGCCCCCCCAGUGAGCACAGACACGUCCUCUCCCAAGGACUGCAACAGUGAAAGUGAAGUCAUCAAGGGAAGAGGCACCGAAGGGCCCACCACUGUGCACGAGAAAGCCCAGAGCAGAAGUAGACAUGAGAAGGAGAACAAACUGAGCAAUGGCACUGUGCAAGAAAAACCUGCCUUGUACAAAAAGCAGAUCCGACACAAACUGGAAGGGAAGACGCGCCCUCGCUCCUGGUCUUCCGGCUCUAGUGAAGGAGGCUCGAGUUCAAGUGGUAAUCAGGGAGAAAUCAAAGCAUCCAUGAAGUACGUUAAAGUAAGACAUAAGGCGCGGGACAUUCGAAACAAGAAAGGGCGGAACGGGCAAAGCAGGCUGUCCCUGAAGCACGGGGAGAAGGCAGAAAGAAGAGUCCAUGUGGGCGGCAACAGCAGCAGCAGCAGUGCCGGGUCCAUCAGGCAGCUGUGCAAGCGGGGUAGGCGACCAGUGAAGGAGGCAGGGAGAAGAGAUCCUGGGAGCACUGGAGGGAAAGAGCUGUACACAGAGAGCAGAAACGACAAAGAAUAUAAAGAGGAGCCAUUGUGGUACACCGAACCGAUUGCUGAGUAUUUUGUUCCUUUGAGCAGGAAGAGUAAACUAGAGACCACAUACCGAAACAGACAGGAAUCAAGUGCUCUGACACCGGAUGCAGUGGGAGACUUGUCUGAAUCUGUGCGUGGCCUUUGUAUCAGCAGCAGUAACACUCACAAGACAUACCUCGCAGCAGGCGCUUUCAUUGAUGGCCAUUUUGUAGAAAUGCCUGCAGUUAUAAAUGAGGAUGUUGACCUCACUGGGACCUCAUUAGGUUCUCUGCCAGAGGACAACAAAUACCUGGAUGAUAUUCAUCUGUCAGAAUUAACACACUUCUAUGAAGUGGAUAUUGAUCAAUCCAUGUUGGAUCCUGGUGCCUCAGAAACAAUGCAAGGAGAAAGUCGGAUCUUGAAUAUGAUUCGACAAAAAAGCAAAGAGAAUACAAAUUUUGAGGCAGAAUGUUGCAUAGUGUUAGAUGGUAUGGAGUUGCAAGGGGAACGUGCAAUAUGGACAGAUUCUACCAGCUCUGUGGGUGCUGAGGGCUUGUUCCUGCAAGACCUUGGCAAUCUGGCUCAGUUUUGGGAGUGCUGUUCAUCCAGCUCUGGUGAUGCCGAUGGGGAGAGCUUUGGAGGAGACUCUCCAGUUAGACUCUCUCCGAUCUUGGACAGCACAAUGCUCAAUUCACAUUUGCUUGCUGGCAAUCAAGAGCUCUUCUCAGAUAUUAAUGAAGGAUCUGGUAUAAACUCUUGUUUUUCAGUGUUUGAAGUGCAAUGCAGUAAUUCUGUUUUACCAUUUUCUUUUGAAACGCUCAACUUGGGAAAUGAAAAUACAGAUUCUAGUGCUAAUAUGCUUGGGAAAACACAAUCUAGAUUGCUAAUAUGGACCAAAAAUAGUGCCUUUGAAGAAAAUGAACACUGUUCUAAUCUUUCAACGAGAACUUGUAGUCCAUGGUCCCAUUCAGAAGAAACACGUUCUGACAAUGAGACAUUGAACAUUCAGUUUGAAGAAUCCACACAGUUUAAUGCAGAUGAUAUUAAUUAUGUAGUUCCUAGAGUCUCAUCAAAUUAUGUAGAUGGAGAACUUCUAGAUUUUUUGCAAGAUGAAACUUGCCAGCAAAACAGUAGAACUUUGGGAGAAAUUCCAACUUUAGUUUUCAAAAAAAGAUCCAAACUAGAGUCUGUCUGUGGUAUUCAGCUAGAACAAAAAACAGAAAACAAAAACUUUGAAACUACACAAGUAUGUAGUGAAAGCAGUCCACAUGGAGAUGGCUACAGCUCAGGGGUUAUUAAAGACAUUUGGACAAAGAUGGCAGAUAGAAAUUCUGUGGCCACAGUAGAAAUAGAAAGAAUUGACGAUGAGUUGUUUUCAAUAGAUGUAAAUAACUACUGCUGCUGUUUAGAUGCUGAAGCUAAAAUGGAGACCCUUCAGGAGCCCAGCAGGGCAGUGCAGAGGUCUGAAUAUCACCUCUGGGAGGGACAGAAAGAAAACCUGGAGAAGAGAGCCUUUGUGUCCGCCGAGCUCUCCAAGGUGGGUGGUGGUGAUUACACCACACCCUCUAAACCUUGGGCUGUGGCCCAAGAUAAAGAGAAUGCUUUCAUUCUUGGGGGAGUCUAUGGAGAACUCAAAACCUUCAGUAGUGAUGGGGAAUGGGCAGUUGUGCCGCCAGGCCACACAAAAGGAAGCUUGCUGCAGUGUGCAGCUUCCGACGUUGUGACCAUAGCCGGAACAGACGUCUUUAUGACCCCAGGAAACAGCUUUGCUCCUGGUCACAGGCAGUUGUGGAAACCCUUCAUGUCAUUUGAACAGAAUGAUCAGCCGAAGAGCGGGGAAAAUGGGUUAAAUAAGGGAUUUUCUUUUAUCUUCCAUGAAGACUUACUAGGAGCUUGUGGUAACUUUCAGGUUGAAGAUCCUGGACUUGAAUAUUCAUUCUCUUCCUUUGACCUAAGUAAUCCAUUUUCACAAGUUCUUCAUGUAGAAUGUUCAUUUGAACCUGAAGGGAUUGCAUCUUUCAACCCCACUUUUAAACCCAAAUCAAUCCUCUGCUCUGAUUCAGACAGUGAAGUAUUUCACCCUCGGAUAUGUGGCGUUGACAGGACGCAGUACAGAGCCAUCCGGAUCUCUCCCAGGACUCACUUCCGCCCAAUCUCUGCAUCGGAACUGUCCCCAGGAGGAGGGAGCGAGUCAGAGUUUGAGUCUGAGAAAGACGAAGCCAAUGUUUCUGUUCCACCUCAAGCUGAUGUAUUUGAAGAUCCACAGGCAGAUCUCAAACCUCUGGAAGAAGACGCAGAGAAAGAAGGCCAUUACUAUGGAAAAUCAGAGCUUGAGUCUGGGAAAUUCCUUCCCAGAUUAAAAAAGUCUGGAAUGGAAAAGAGUGCUCAGACAUCACUUGAUUCCCAGGAGGAGUCGACUGGGCUUUUGCCAGUCGGAAAGCAAAAUCAGUGUCUGGAAUGUAGCAUGAGUGAAUCUCUGGAAAUAGAUAUAGAAAGCUCAGAAGCAAAUUGUAAAAUAAUGGCACAAUGUGAGGAAGAAAUUAAUAAUUUUUGCAGUUGCAAAGCAGGUUGUCAGUUCCCUGCUUAUGAAGAUAAUUCAGUUUCUUCGGGACAGCUGGAAGAGAUUGGGAAGAAAGAAAAAGAGGAAAGAAGCAAGAGUCUGCACCAUACCACUACCAUAUUCCUUCGCUUUCUAUUUCCUGGAUUGAACACUAAUGUGCAAGAAAUGCGUAGAAGUCAAGAAAAGCAGACCUGGUGGGAAGAAGCCUUGUACUCUCCCCUUUUUCCUGCAUCGGAAUGUGAAGACUGUUAUACAAAUGCCAAGGGAGAGAAUGGUAUAGAAGAAUAUCCAGAUGUUAAAGAAAUACCUGGUAAUGAAGAGCAUCUGUUAGAUUUUAAUAGGGUUUCUUCUGUCUCUGAAGCACGGUGCACCAGAGAGGGUGGUCCUGGGGCCCAAGCAAAUGGCCUCUCCAGGAAGAUGUGCUCCAGCGCCAGCCCUGACCCCAGAGACUCAGGCUCUGACGGUGGUGGCGAGUGGGUGGACCCUCAAGAGGAGGAGCUCUUCUCCCGGACUCACCUCUGACCUCGCACCUAGUGUGAGCACUUUCUCAGUGCUGUGUGACGGGAAACCACCCCUUUGAGACCUAUUCAUCUAAAGCAACGACAUAGGUUUCCUCUUGGAGUAACUGAUUCCAAUCCGUGAUUCUUUCUUCUUGCUUAUUUUAGCAUUGAGGACCGCGGUCCUGUGGAGAUCUCUUUCCCAGCUGUUCAUUCUUGCUAUUGAAUAGACUAGAUGUGCUGUCCGGUCCAGAAUGUUGUGCAUGUGCUCGUCCUAGAGGUGUCGCUGCUCUUGCCUCGCAGCCACAGGCCUCUCCUUCUCACUCGGUGACAUCUCUGUCACCUGUCAGCACUAUGGUGCCGGCACCACUUCUGCUGUUUAGAGACUUUAGCUUUGGAACAUUUAGCUGUGUUCUCUAAGCACUGGGAGAUCAUUCUCACCCUGCAGUGGAUCGGUCCUUUCCGGGGCGGGAGGGAAGCAUGGGUGACUUGUCCCCAUCUUUGUUCAGUAGAAUCUUAUGAACAUGGACAUAGGAGCGCAAGGGUGUGCGUGCGUCUAGAGACUUUCAGAAUACUGUGUUUUCUACCCUGGGAUUUCCCCCUGAAGUAUCGUGAGAUACUCCGGUGUGUGUCUUUCUUGCUAACUGGAGGUGCCAAGAAUUUGGGGCAUGGGGUGGGACACUUGCCUAAGUGGGUGCUGCAGUGCGUCCACAUCGAAAUGCAGUCAGGGCUCCAGAGAGUCUGGAACAUGGGGGAGGACCUUGGUUGUGGAUUGUGGUUUUUCUGGCGACUGUUGAAUCAGAGCCCCCAAAACUUGAAAUCGAGAGCAUUGGACAUGCAAUAAAGGCCCCUGUCACCCACAGAAACCUUCGGCUGCUGCAGCUGGCUGCUCUCAUGGUGAGGUGUAGUGUGGCUGCUCUCAUCGUGUCUGAGAGGAUAUCCUGGGCGAGUUCUGUGUGCCGUGGUGGGUGGUAGAGCCCUUCUCCACGUGGCCCUGUGAUUGCUGUCCUGUCAGCACCACAUGUGACUUAGUCACCCAGGGAGUCAGUCUGUCUUUUGCAUCCGUACCUGCUGAUACCUCCUGGAGCGCUCCUGACACUGACACCGUGUGGCAGGGUCAAGCCGGGAGGGGCCGUAUCAGCAAAACCUGAACGUGUUAAGUUGUUUUUCUUUUUUAACCAACUUAUCCUUGUAGAAAACAUCUAAUCCGAGCAGUCGGUUGAGUGUGUGUAACCUCAGGAAUAUGGGAAGCCUAGCGUGGUCUAGACAGCCUCACUACUAACUUCGGCAGGCAGUGAGCCCGAUUGACUGCCUGGGAGCUGAACUGCCUGUAAAGUUUGGAGCAUUUGGGUUUGUCGCCUUUUUCUUAACUGAUAGCACAGGAAACACCACAGAGGCUGUGGGUCCCCGAGGUUCUGUGUCAGCCUUCUCUCCCUGAGCAACCCAGCGCGCCCGCCAGCCUCCUUCCCCCACCUGCUAGGGUUCAUUUUUACGCAGCACAUCUUUGACACUUUACAGUGGUGUGUGUGUGUGUGUGUGUGCAUGCGUGUGUGUGCGUGUGUGUGCGCACACGCAUGGGUAAGGUUUUAUGUUGCUGUUAUUUAUUUACAGACAUCAGAUAAGUUGUCAUGUAUUUUUCUUUCUUCUGGAGCUUCCUAAAAACCGAUUCACAUCUGCACUGAACUGUUAAUUUAAUAGCAAAGGCAAAAGCGGAGUGGAAGUUGUGAAUUCCUAAAAUCACUGCAACGACAGUUACCCUAGAAGUCGUUGCCCACGUAGCAGAGACCAAAUAAAGAGGUAUGAGACGCACCUGGGCUCACUGGGAAGGCUUCAGUGGGCAGGGUGCCCGCAUCCUGCAGCGGGGCGUGGAGAGCGCCCUCCACGGGGAGGGGCGGAGUAGGGACGGGCCAAGGGAUGACGAAUUCUGUAUUGAUUUGUUUUCAUAAUUGAGUGGCUAAAGCUCAGUGACUUUCGGCAACAGUUGAAAGUGUGGUUUUUAGUUUUUGUGAAUGACUGAUUACAAAAUGCGUUUUUAAAAAAGUUGGCAAACGCUGAAACGCACUGUGGUAUGAAGCGCAUUGCAUAUCCUUAGCACUGAAGUAUCAGUUUCCAUUCCUGGGCUGAGAUUUUUUUCCCGUGGUUGUAUUGUUCUGAUUUCACGUACACCAGAAUAACUGAUUUUUUGUUUUCUUGUGGAGUUAACACCAAAUAAAAAUUAAAAAAAAAAAAGGUGCCUGUGUUUGUUUCUCAUAGCCAAGACCAUUACGAGGAACCCUGGCUGUACACCAGGAGGAGGAGGCUGGAGCUGAGCUCAGCCCACGGCGGGCGCCGAGGAGGCCGCGAACUGCACCGGGCCCUCUGCUGCCACCGAGCUUCCUCUUCCUCAUUUGGUUCUGAAAAAGCCUUCCAUGUGUUAACGUGACUUACGUUCAUUUUA